UAUUUUAGAUACCUGCAGCAGAGAACAACCCUUUCCUAGUUGGAAUGCACUAUUGGUACUCCAGCUAUAGCCACCGAACCCAGCACUGCAAUGUUUGUCGAGAGAGCAUCCCUGCCUUAUCUAGAGAUUCUAUCAUGUGUGAAGUGUGCAAAGUGAAAUCUCACAGAUUAUGUGCUUUGAGAGCAAGCAAAGACUGCAAGUGGAAUACGUUGUCUAUCACUGAUGACCUCCUCCUGCCUGCAGAUGAAGUAAACAUGCCCCAUCAAUGGGUAGAAGGAAACAUGCCUGUCAGCUCUCAGUGUGCAGUUUGUCAUGAGAGCUGUGGCAAUUAUCAAAGACUUCAAGACUUCCGCUGCCUCUGGUGUAAUUCUACGGUGCAUGAUGACUGCAGGAGACGGUUUUCCAAGGAAUGUUGCUUCGGAAGUCAUCGCCCAUCAAUCGUCCCUCCCACUGCGCUAAGCGACCCCAAAGGCGAUGGCCAAUUAGUAGUAUCUUCAGACUUCUGGACUCUUGAUUGGUCAUCAGCCUGUUCAUGUCCCUUGCUCAUCUUCAUCAACUCCAAAAGCGGCGAUCAUCAAGGGAUCGUCUUCCUCCGAAAAUUCAAACAAUACCUUAAUCCGUCUCAAGUAUUUGACCUAUCGAAGGGUGGACCUGAAGCAGGGUUGUGCAUGUUCAAGAACUUUGCUCGCUUUCGCAUUCUGGUUUGUGGUGGAGAUGGCAGCGUGAGCUGGGUCUUAUCUCUGAUUGAUGCCUUUGGAUUACAUGAAAGGUGUCAACUGGCAAUCAUCCCACUUGGAACCGGCAAUGAUCUGGCCCGUGUCCUGGGCUGGGGUGCAUUCUGGAACAAAAGCAAGUCACCUUUGGACAUCCUUAACAGAGUGGAGCAGGCUAGUGUGAGGAUUCUAGACAGAUGGAGUGUGAUGAUCCGUGAGACUCCCAGACAAACCCCACUGCUAAAAGGACAGGUUGAAAUAGAUGUACCACAGUUUGAGGCUGCUGCCAUCCAACACUUAGAAUCCGCAGCCACUGAGUUGAACAAAAUCCUGAAGGCCAAGUACCCCACGGAGAUCAUCAUCGCAAGCAGAUUCCUGUGUUCAACAGUAGAAGAUUUUGUAGUUGACAUUGUAAAGGCCUGGGGUCAGAUAAAACAGAACAAUACAGCAAUAGAAUCUGUGAUUUUGAAAAGCGACUUAAUGUAUGAUAAGCUCAGUGUCCUGAUUGAUGUCCUGGCUGAGGAGGCAGCAGCUACCUCUGCUGAGAAAAGUGCUACAGAAUGUGCAGACAGUAGCAAGGCAGAUGGAAAGCCCUUCAUUCCUCAAAUAGACCACAUAGCCAAGUGCAAGCUGGAGCUGGCCACAAAGGCCCAGAAUAUCCAGAAAUCCAUGAAACUCAUCAUAUUCCAGAUUCAACAAGUUCUAGAUGAAGAAAGCAGACAGACAAUAUCUGUUAAGAACUUUACUUCAACUUUCUUCCUGGGAGAUGAUUCAGAAGAUAUUAACCAGACGAGCCCAAGACACCGUUCUCGUUGUGACACUUUAGCUUCUAUAUCUUCUCUCAAAAGCGAGGACCUAGAUAACCUUAACUUGGAACAUUUACAUUUUACACCUGAAACUAUACGCUUCAAAGAAAAAUGUGUCAUGAACAACUACUUUGGAAUUGGACUGGAUGCUAAAAUUUCUCUGGAGUUCAAUACCAGAAGAGAGGAACACCCAGAACAAUACAAUAGCCGCCUUAAGAACAAGAUGUGGUAUGGCCUUCUGGGAAGCAGGGAACUUCUGCAGCGCUCUUACAGGAAACUGGAAGAACGAGUGCACCUGGAGUGUGAUGGAGAAGCCAUCUCUUUGCCAAACCUGCAAGGCAUUGUAGUACUCAACAUUACCAGCUAUGCCGGAGGUGUCAACUUCUGGGGAAGCAACACAGCAACCACAGAAUAUGAGGCUCCUGCCAUAGAUGAUGGGAAGCUGGAGGUGGUAGCAAUCUUUGGUUCUGUGCAGAUGGCAAUGUCCCGUAUCAUCAACCUGCAUCAUCAUCGCAUUGCCCAGUGCCGUGAAGUGAUGAUAACCAUUGAUGGUGAAGAAGGUAUCCCGGUGCAGGUGGACGGGGAGGCCUGGGUUCAGAGGCCAGGCCUUAUCAAGAUUAGAUACAAGAACGCUGCCCAGAUGCUGACAAGAGAUCGGGACUUUGAGAACUCCAUGAAAAUGUGGGAGUGCAAACAUACUGAAAUCCAAGCUGCCUCUCAACCCCAGCUGGACUCCCAGGAAUCUCAAGAUAGCCUCUCUGGUGAGGAGUAUGCCCAGAUGCAGCACUUAGCUCGGCUUGCAGAAAACCUCAUCAGCAGACUUAAUGACCUGAGCAAGGUCCACCAGCAUGUGUCUGUCCUCAUGGAUUCUGUGAAUACCAGUGCUAACAUCCUGAACGAUAUAUUUUAUGGCCAAGACAGUGGCAAUGAAGCAGGAGCAGCUUCCUGUACUCCCAUUGAGACUCUAAGCAGAAACGAUGCAGUAGAUGUUACAUUUAGUCUUAAAGGGCUCUACGAUGACACCAAAGCUUUCCUGGAUGAAAAUUUGCUGAGAAAUGCUGAAGAUGAGGCCACACUGCAAACCGCCCUGGAUGCCAUGAAUAAGGAAUUUGAAAAGCUAUCAGAAAUCGACUGGAUGAAGUCAAUCCUUAUUCCAGAGGAAAAAUCUUCAGACACUGACAGUAGAAGCCUCAGGUUGAAAAUUAAGUUCCCCAAAUUGGGGAAGAAGAAGAAGGUGGAAGAGGAAGACAAGCCUAAACUAGGCCAAAGAGUCCAGGGUUUUAUUGGCAAUUUGUGGCAUCGCAGAAAUCGUGAAGAUGAUCCUCCAGCACCAUCAAGAUCUCAACUGUAGCCCUUGAAAGUUGGAAGGAAGACUCACUUAGAAUUUUACUAGAAAAAACUCUCAAAACCUCAAUACAGGCUAGACUAAAUCAUUUCAGAACAAACAUGAGCACCACCAAGAAAGACCCUCCAAUUCUUUACACUAAUACAUUUUUCCUGGACUCAGUCAGGUCUCCUUAGAGGUUUACAUUUCCUCGUUGGCCAAAGAUUCCUGUUCCGAGUUGUCUUGUUCAGUUCUCCUUCUUCUCUCUGUGCAACUUGAGCAUUUACAGUAUUUAUUGGGAUAAGCUCUUGAUGAAUGGCCUGGGAUCUGUAAAAGAUUCAUGGGAAUUCACCUCUUCAAGGAGUUUGGGAAUGGUUUCCUCCAACCUGCAGAGAAACUGCUGAUACUUAGGAAUGAAUGAAAGACAGACUCUCAGAGAGAUGAAGAGAGGGGGCAGGACAGCCAGGCUUGGUUGUGUGUCUCCCCCAAUCCCUGCCAAUUACAACUUGCAACUCCAGAUCUCUUCUAGUUGGCCCAUUAAAAUGAGAAUUAGAUCCUGGGGGCUUGUCCACUUGCCUGUUAAGAUGACCACAUGAAAUCUCUUCUUGUAGAUGUGGUAACUGUGUUCUAGUUCUCUCUCUCUCUCUCUCUCUCUCUGCAAACCCUUUGUUUUUCCAUGUGUGCAUGUACGUCUUUGCACAUGUCUAGGUGGUGCUCUGGUGGCUGGGUGGGCCCACUGGUUGGAACUCACCCCUCAUGCAACCAUACAGGCUCCUCUCUUACUGCCUUGAUCCUAGCCUGCAUGCCUCCAUGGAGUGUUUGCCUGCAUUCUUGCUGGAUUUUUUAACUAAAUGUUUGCCGCUGUGCUGCAGUAUAAAUUAUGUAUAGCAUAAAGAUGUAUAUAUAUAUAUAUAUAUAUAUAUAUAUAUACAUAUAUAUAUUUUUAAGAACUGAAAAUACAACUCGACCUCUAAGUGACCCUGUAAUUUAUUGUGCUAACCCAGGAAUCCCCUCCAGCCCCCAUUACCCUAUAAUACAUACACCUCUACCAACUACCCUAGUUCUUGGUGGAGCUUCUAAUCUUUUGGUGCAUUUUCAGCGUCUUAGCAGUGACUGGGAUCUACCUGUAGCCCAGCUGAUUCUGACGCCCCCUUAAAAUUCUAGCCAGGCCACAGAAGGGGAACAAAAACACCAAUGCCCUAGAGAAGGGGGUUAAGCUGGCAUGCUGCCUUUUUUGCUCUAUUUAUCCUAGACUUUACAUCAGCAACUACCCUGGCCUGUGCUGUCCCUUUCCCCAAUAAAAUGACUUAAUGGAGCAACCAGGCCUUGAGCUCUGUGACUUAGAUGCCUGAACUAGGGACUGCCUGACAAUCAAGUCACAGCCUAGGCCCUUCCCCACAGGCUCCAUCUUGGCCUGCAUCUUUUGGACAGGCUGUUGGGUCACUGCCCAAAUCCCCCUCAAAGCUCCCAUUUUGCCCUUUUCCCUUGAGUACAGGGGGCAUUCAGUGUGAACAGAAAAAAAAACAUGAGCCUGGAGAAAUGGAGGCUAAAAGCCUCUGCUUCUCUGUGGUUCUUUCAAAUUUCUCAUGAAAACAAACUGGCCUAAGUUGCUCCAAAUCCUAAUUGACUUUUUUAUUAAAAAGUAUUUUAAAACCGCCUGCUCCCAGUCAGGCAAAUCUAACCAAACCCCAGUGCCCAGAGAGGUUCUCUCUGGUCUGCCUUGCAUCCCCAUCCCACCCUCAACUCAUACCUUUGGGUAAGUGUCCCUUCCCACUUAUCAAGAGAAAACUGGCCUCUCCCCACUUCUCAGACAAACUUAGCGUGCUCAAUUACCUGACUCAGUCCAAUGGCUGGUUCAUUGAGGUGCACAAUCCAGACUCCACUCACUGGUUCUCAGCUCUGGAACUCCACCAGCCUAACCCACUUAAACCAGCCACCUGUGUUCCACCUCUAUAGGGGUGAGGAGAAAAAUACUAACAAGGGGAUUGUCCCCAAAUAUCUGAUUGCUGUGCCAAACAAACACAAAGUUCUAGCUCUACAACUAGAGAAGACAGUCAAUGAAAAAGAUGACAGAAAACAUUUAAAAUUUACUUAAGUAUUAGAAUGUGUUAACUUAUUGUAUGUGUUUGAGUGGGUAGUGUGCUGUUGCUGUGUCUUUGGCUUUCUCUGCAUCACUUUCGUCCCAGGAGGAGGUAUUCGAUGAAAUCAACAAGGUCACCAUUGCAGCCUGACUUGGCUCAUCCAUGGCUGCAGGCAUUAACAUCUGCACACACACGUACAGAGUUGGGAACCAAAUUGCAUUUUCCUCAGAAGAGCCUUUUUCAAAAGGGAAACUUUCCAAAUGAGCAAAUUUAAGGAAACAGAAGGAAACCUGGGAGAGGGUAGCUUUAUCUUGGCAGUGACUAAGCAGGGCUGUGUCCUGUAACUAUUUUCAUCACUGAUAGUAAACUGUAAUAGGACUCCAUCUCUUGUGCUUACUUUGUACACUGUAAUGCUGCUGUUUCUGUGUUGUGUCAUCUGGAUUUCCUUUCAUCCACCCAUCCUCCCAGCCUGAGUUAGAAUGAUAUUGAAUAAAACCACUAAGAUUUGGGGCUAGAGUCAGCUCAUAGAGCAGAGUUGAUAUAUGACAAGGCCCAGAAGCUGGUGUGGUUUAGUAAAUCCCUCAGUUACCUCCUAAGUUGCUAAGUUACCAGUAGCUUCCUGAAAAGGAAGACAGCUUGCCAAGCAUCUGUUCUUGCAUGUACUCACUUGGAAACCAAGCAAGAAGUGAUCCCUCUCUCAAGGGAGUUGUCUUAGCCCCUGGGAGUAUAAGUUCCUUUCAGGACUUCAUUGUUAACUACUUGCAGUAAUACAGUUGCUUGGGUGGUGGGGCCAGACGCCAAAUAUCCAUCUCAAUUAUGUUCAGACACAAUUAAGAGCUAAAGCUCUGGGGUUUGCUUGCAUCUUUGGUAGCACUUUCUGAGGAAUUGAUUGAGUGGGAAAUUUCUGGCCAGAACAGGAGAGAAGAAAAAGCCAAUAGAUGCGAACUGCCACCAACUGCUUCUGGUGUCAAUACUACAGGAGGUCAACAACUAUCAGUCCUCUCUCCAAAAAGGCCCUGUGAUGCAUCCGAAAGGGCAAGGGAAGAGUAAGAAAUAUUCUCAACUUAAUAAAUUAAAGGUUGGCCAGAAGAAACUGUUGGGGUCAACAUCUUUCCUCGGGACAAAUGUUUCAGAAGGCUUUUAGUUUCACUAGAGGCAGAAAUGAAUACCAAAGCAAUCAAACCCAUUAGCAUCAUUCCAUCCUAUAUGCGACCUUGAUUGGUUAUAUGGUUUGUGGAAAUGCAGUUGUCUAUUUGUCUCCUAAUCUGUAAUCCAUUAUUGUUUUCUGUUCUGGGUUUUUUGUUUCCUCAGAGGCCCCUGCAAAUAAGCAGCGGGGCCAGGGGCUGGUUGGGGGAGGAAGGUUGGGUAAUCAUGGGAUAACAGGAAAAAGCAGAAAGAAAAGGUCCACAAAGUGUGCCUAUUCCUCUUCCCCCCAAAAAAUGGAACACCGGUCCUCAAAGUUAAUAAAGUAUUGCUUCUUAAAAUAUUUUAAUAAAUGGAUAAACAUAA